UUAUAUAACUUUUAUUAUGUUGACCCGGAAGAUAAACUUUUCUUUCAGGUAACCGUCACUUUUCCAAAAGAAAAACUCCGAUUCCCGACAGACCUUGCGGCUUCCUCCGGCGAUCUUUGUCAGCUGACUAUCACAUGAUACUCACAGGCACAAUUACAGUCAUACAUGCGGAAUUUCAGUGAAUGUCUUGUUAGUUAAGAUUGAUUCAAUGCCAGACGGAAAAAGCAGUGUUUUAGUUCCGUAUUUGUCAUCUGACUGUCUUCAUAGUUACUCAUUUUCUAGAGCGGGACGGUCAUUUUGAGAGAUGGUAACUUUACUCUGUAACUAGAAAUUGACCCACAGACAGCAACCGCGCCCGUACCACCUGACUUGCAGUUCGAUAAACGUCAAGAAAAACUCAAACAUGACUCCAGCGGGGAAGAAUCUUAUGAAUAUAAUUAUUCUUGGUUUCGGGUUUAUGUUUAUUUUUACCGCUUUUCAAACCUGCGGUAAUAUAGAGCAAACAGUAAUAAAGAAUUUCAACAACACUGAAUUCCAUGGGAGUGGAUAUACAAGCAUGGCGAUUAUUUACGGGGUUUUCUCUGCGUCCAACCUGAUGGCACCUUCUGUGGUAGCUGUCGUAGGACCGCAGCUGUCCAUGUUCGGCAGUGGACUGCUGUACAGCGGUUACAUUGCUGUGUUCAUCCGUCCUUUGACCUGGUCCUUCUACACGGCUUCUGUGGUGGUCGGGAUAGCAGCUGCAGUUUUGUGGACGGCGCAGGGCAACCUGCUCGCCAUCAACUCCACGGACUCCACCAUUGGCAGAAACAGUGGGAUCUUCUGGGCGUUGCUGCAGUUCAGUUUAUUAUUUGGAAACCUCUACAUAUAUUUAGCCUGGCAUGGGAAAACAACCAUUUCAGAUAAGGACCGUCAGACCGUGUUCAUCUCGCUCACCGUCAUCAGCCUGGUCGGGACCUUCCUCUUCUUCCUCAUCCAGCGGCUGGACACUGAGGCCACGACCAGAGAGGGCGGCUCCUCCGACACGUGCGAACCCCUGCUGCCAGCGGACCCCACCGAGGGCUCCCUGACUGUCACGUUAGUCACGAACGCAAACACGCGACCCGCCGAAGGACGCUGUUCUCAGGCAUGGAAUGCCUUCAAGAAGGCUGUCCAGCUGUCCAUCACCAAGGAGAUGCUGCUGCUGAGCACGUCCAUAGCCUACACGGGCUUGGAACUGACCUUUUACAGCGGGGUGUAUGGAACCUGCAUCGGGGCGAUGACACGCUUCGGGGACGACGCCAAGGGCCUGAUCGGCCUCUCUGGGAUUUGCAUCGGUUUGGGGGAGAUUCUAGGUGGGGGCUUAUUUGGGAUGCUGAACAAGUGCUACAGCUGUGGCAGAAACCUGGUGGUGCUGCUAGGCCUGCUGACACACUACCUGGCCUUCUUCCUGAUCUUCCUCAACAUCGCCAACGACGCACCGAUCGCCUCGCAGGACGGCACUCACCUGGAAGCCUAUAUCACCCCAAGUGUCACAGUGGCGCUCCUCUGCAGCUUCUUGCUGGGCUUGGGUGACAGCUGCUUCAACACCCAGCUGCUGAGCAUUGUGGGAUACGUGUUCCGUGAGAACAGUGCCCCCGCCUUUGCCAUCUUCAAAUUUAUCCAGUCCAUCUCUGCAGCCGUGGCUUUCUUCUACAGUAACUACCUCGUACUCCACUGGCAGCUGCUCAUCAUGGCUUUGGUGGGCUUCCUGGGCACCAUCACCUUCUUUGUGGCCGAGCUGGUCGUGGCGGCCACUCGCCGGGACUCUGACUACAGCAGCAUAUGACGCGCUGAUGUGUUUCCUGAUGACUUUGGUGUGCCCCCCCCCCCUUGCACUCCAACCCCAACCCCUGCUUUGCAUCUUGAUGUCAUCCUAAGCACCUACGAAAUACACAAAAACGCACAGAAUUUAGGAUGCACUUCAGUUCAAUCUGCUGUUUGAGAGCAGAAACCUGCUGAAUUUUUUUUUAUUUGGUUAAACUGAUAGUCCAUAGAAAAUCACAGCUUCCACUUGUGAUCGAGUACAAUCGGGAAAGUGUCAGCUUUUGUUUUUUGCAGAAGAUGACCAUAUAUUAAACUAGACUAAGUACAUUUAGGCUGUCUGGGCACCCGCAGAUGGCAAAAAUCUGUCCAUUUUUUUCUUUUUGAGAAAAAAAAUAACAUAAAGGGACAACCUGAAACGCAAAUGAAACAUGUUAGAGUUUUUAGGUACAUUGCCAGCUUUGUGGAAUUUAGUGGAUAGUUUCUCAGUGCUGAACACUUCCUUCUGAGAAACAUACAGCAUGCACAAGAAUUGAGACCUUGUAAAGCAAGAACAUAGGCAAGUGACAAUGCGCAACGUAUAAAAUCUGUUAAGCAGCGAUUGCCAAUACAUGUCUACACGGGAGAAUACAGUAGUUCGAUUCGUUCGGUUUUGGGAGGCUGGUGAAAACUGUGUUAAGCGUCUACUCCCGAGUUUAUUUUGGUGUUUUGGGGGGGGGAGUGAGAUUAAACGCUAGAAAUGUGUACAUUUUGUUAGCACGCGCUGGUUGCGGUUGAAGUACACGUGGCGUACAAGUCCCGAUUAGAGCGGCUGGGCUUCAUUCUUAAAGUGUGUGCCAAAGUUUGAAAAUCCAGGUUGUUGGGGCAGGUGCAACCUGCUUCGUUAUAAAUGGCGUUUUCACAAAAUCCCUCUGCCAGACCGCAGAGGAAUGGGAAAAGGCAUGAUGCUCGUGCAGAUUCCUGUGCAAAACCUGAAGACGUCUGUGUAGUGUAGAAUUACUACAUCGAUUCCUGAAGCAGUCAUACAAGUUCAUCCACGAAAGUGUAAAGCGGCAAAGGCCACUCGUAAUACAAUUGUGUGUUGUACUUUUUUGCACGUCUAUUUUUUUUCUACGCCAGGGUCAUCGUCCAUCUUCCUUGUUCAUACAACCAAGGGAAGCACCGCGCGUCUUAAGGGAUUAUACAGUCACUACUAUUAUUUAAAUUGUUGUGAAUAAUUUUCAUUUACAUGAUCCAUUCAGCAUUUUCUGACUGCCGACAAAUUCCUCGCCGGUUUACAUAGGAGAUCAGUGCUCUGCUGUGCAGAGUGAUCGGGAAAAAAAAACCUUUUUUUGUGGGUUACUGUCAGUGAGAGUUUGGAAAUUACUUCAGUUUGACUUUGAAGGUGAUUACAUAACGGGAAUGGAAACGAAUGCGAUGCAUGUAUUUUUUAAAUAUAUGUAUUCCUAAUAUUAUGCUCUAAUGUGCUGUAAUAAUUGUUCAAAUUUCUUUGUUGUUUUAAUAAAUAUGUCCAUCUA